AACAAAAUGGCCGCACCAAGUCAGCUGCCUCACGUAGUGAUGUCAUUUGGGGUCACGGUCGUUUACGCAACACGGAUAUAACCAGUAGACGGCGUCUUUCAUCAACGUUGCAUAAAAUAUGGCAUCAAAACUACCGACAGAGGUAGUCUCCCACAUGCUGAGCUUCCUCAGUGUGUCUGACCGCAAGGAGGCAGCUCUGGUCAACACAGCAUGGUACGAGGCAUCCAUGGAUCCAGCUCUACAGAGAGACGUGGUGGUCAAAUCCCUAGCCAGUGAUGUAACUAAUGGCCUAAUAAGGAGAAAACUCACCCACCUUGUUGUGAACCACGUGGACAACUCUACCGCUUCUAUAAAUGAGAUGGUGAAGUCCUUUGAAUACCUCAGUGAAUGCCUGCUGAGCCUGUCUCUCAAGGGCUGCAACAUAACCGAAGGAACAUUCGUGAAGCUUCUUGCGCUGUGCAAGAAUCUGACAGUUCUCGACCUGACUAGCUGCAAUUCUUUGUUUAUGUCAGGCAAUCUCCUGGACCGCAAGUCAGAUGUUUCGGGUCUCAAAGAGUCUCUGCAGCAUGUCAAAAAGUUGAGCUUGGCAUCAAUUAGAUUUCUGUCUGAUGUAAGCUUUAAUAGAAUUCUAUCAGUGUGUCAAAAUGUUGAGGAACUGUCUCUGGCUCAUGCUCAGAUAACUUUCAACAGUGGAACCUACUACCCUCCAGGAAUUAAGGUCGGGACCAACUCUGCUGUUCUCACAUUUCACACAAUCCUGGAUUUUGUUGACAGACAAGGGCCGAAACUCAAAUCACUGAACCUAAGCCGGACCACCAUCGCCAAUUGCCACCUCUCCGAGUUAGCCAGAUGUCAAAACAUUGCUUUAGAGGAACUUAUCCUUGUUGGUUGUAGGGAGAUCACCGACUCUGGCCUUGGUCAGUUUUGUCGCCAACAGAAGAGUCUACAGAAGCUUGACAUCAGCAUUUGCACUGAAAUCACUGAUAGUGGCAUCGCUGCCAUAGCAACCAACCUGACCCAGCUGAGAUCACUGAAGGCCAACAAAUGCAGGCAGAUCACAGACAAUUCUGUUAAACUGUUCAAGUACAUGCCCCUCCUGGAAAGUCUGGAGCUGUCAGAGUGUUACGAGCUGUUCAGCAAGGGAAUGAUUCAGGGGCUGUGUAGUGGGAUACAGAGUAAACUCACCCAUCUCAACCUCAGCUGCUGCUCUACCCUGACUGACUACUUUGUUGUCGAACUCACUAAAGCUGUGCCCAGUUUGGUUCACCUUGACCUUGGCUCUCUGUUCAACAUCACCGACAUCAGUGUCCACGCAAUCGCCAAGAGGCUGAAGUAUCUACGAUUCUUACGUCUUGCUUGGUGUAAGGAGUUAUCAGACAAAGGACUGCUGGGACUUGAUGAACUGGACGACUCAAAAUAUGAGACCCAUGUUCUUGAUGGCCAUAAUGGACAAUGCCGCUGCACUCGCAGACAUUCAGAACAAGGGUCCAACAUUUUCAAGAAACCAUCUGGGAGUGGUGGGAAGGAUAAGAAGAUGUCAGUCGGAGAUCUAGAGGCCAUGGUGAAGAAUGGGGGAGAUCUCUACAGCCUCAGCAACCUGUCUGGUCUCCGAACCUUGGACCUCUCAUCGUGUUCCAAAUUCACAGAUUUUGGUCUUAAAGAAGCAAUAAAAUUCAAGGAACUUAGAAGCUUAUCACUUGGCAUGGUACAUGGGAUGACCAAUGAGAGUAUUUUCGCCAUCGCCCGUAACAAUCCAAGCCUGGAGGAUGUCCACCUGAACCAAUGCAUCAAAAUCACUGAUGCAGCUGUAGAGGCUCUGACAAGUAAAUGUCCCCGAUUGGCCCACCUGGACGUGUCUAGCUGCGACAGACUGACCAAUCACACUCUGUACUAUGUCCAGACCAACUGUCAGCGUCUGCGUCAUCUUGAUGUAUCCUACUGUAGUGGAAUGACCUCCGAGGCUGUGGACAAGCUGGAGGUCAGCAUGACAGGCCUGCAUACAGUGCACAAGAGGCUGGUGGGAGGCACUGGCACACGCUAGCAGGGGAUAUCAGGAACUGACUGCAGCAUGUUCAUUGUCUGAUGAUUGUCUUAUUCCUAAGCUGCGAGAGUUUUUAUGCUUUUGGAUGAUUAUAUUUCAUAUGACAAGAGACUCUGAAAGCAUAUUGUAGUGGUGAUGCAUUGACUGUUCUUAAUUUAUGUGUUGCUGUUUAUGCAACAUCUCUGACACACUUCUCUGUCACACAGGGCUUCGGAUUGAUAUUAGUACUUAUGAGUAGGACAUUGAUAAACUAUUUAGUGCAUCAGAACCAUAUUGUCAAUAAAUCAAGGGUUACUUGUUGUUUUCAAGGGCCAUUGACCCAAGUCACCUGGCACACUAGUCGCAAACAUGAUGAAGAUUUGCUAUUGGACAUUAAUCAAACGUAGCUGUAUAUUAUAGAUUGUUAUAUGAGCAUGAUUUUACAAAACAAGUGUCAGAAUUAUUGUAUUUCCCGAGCAAGUGUGAGGGUAAUACAUGAAUUCCUAAUGGUUUUGUAAAAUCAGUAUGACACACAUGGAAGUGUAUUAAUUUCUUUAUUACACAUUAUAACUUAUUCUUUUUGAGCUCCCCUUUUGAAAAAUGCAAUUAUCAUGACCACUGUAAAAGAAAACCUCAAUUGUCAAGUGACGUCAACAAUCUUCAGCUAUGGCGUCGUGUUUAGUGUGACGUCAUUCCGACCUUACACAAUAUGAUUUGAAUGGUGUCAAUAAUGAUGUCAGGGUAACGUAAACAAAACACUAGUGCUCGUGAAAUGAUAUUUGCACUUGUGCAGAUACCAUUUUUAUGAACUUGUGUUAUUUCUAACCCUUUGGGUAAUAAACUGAUAUAUGAGUUAUGGUAAACAGUGCGACAAUGCCAGUAUAUACACCAACAUACACACUACCACUGUGAUAUAUGGGACUGUUUAGGAAGUAUCAUUGUAUUGUGUGGCAUAUCAGGAACCAAUAGAAAUCCAGUUGUGAGCUUGCGUGAUGUAGCCUCAGCAACUGUGGCAUCAAUGAGUUUUGUUUGUUUGUUUGUUGUUUUACGAGGCAUUCAGCAAUAUUCCAGCUAAUGAUGGUCGUCAGUAAACAAUUGAAUCUGGACCAGACAGUCCUGUUAUUGAUAUAAUGAGCAUCAAUCCACACAAUUAGGUUACGAUGACAUGCCAAGCUUGACCACCCAAUCCUGUGAGUCGCCUCUUAGCAUUGGUUGAUGAAGACCUAUUCUAACCCAGGUCUUCAAGAAAGUUGUGAGGAUGUAUUAAAUGACAGGUGCUUGAAUUGUUUUGUUUCCAAUAUUAUUGAAACGGGAUCGUUUAUCUCAUAUUUGUUAAAGUAGUACUUGAAAUGUGGUGUAUUUUCCUAAGUAAUACAUUGAACGUGUUAAAUUAAUAGAAUUCUUAAAUUUUGCUUGGCUAGAGUUUUAUCAAGUGUCUGGAUCCUGAUUCUAAUUCAUGGUUAUCUAAUCUUCCAGUGAACCAAGUGACAGUUUGUAGGAUGCAUAUUGUGAUACACAAUGACGUGUGAGAAGCAUGAUGUGAUGGUUAUUCAUGAAUAUUUUUUGUUAUUUUGCCGUAUUUACUGUGAUAUAUCUGUAUUUUACCACUGUUUACACCUUGCUGCUGAUGUGAAGAUGAUGGGACAAUUAUGAUGACAUAACGCUGAUGAUGACAAUGACUAUGAUGAAGGGAUGAUGAUGGGACGAUAAUGAUGCCAAGACACUGAUGAUGACGAUGAUGAUAUGAUAUGAUGAUGGGAUGAUAAUAAUGACAAAGCUGAUGAUGACUAUGAUGAGAUGAUGGGAUGAUGAUGGGAUGAUAAUAGUGACAUAACAAUGAUGAUGACUAUGAUGAUGUGAUGAUGAUGGGAAGAUAAUGAUGACAUGACUCUGAUGAUGACGGUGACUGUGAUGAUGUGAUGAUGAUGAAUGAAUACCGGAACCUGACAUGCUAAAUCCAUGAACUUUAGAUGCUGCAUAUUAUGAUGAAUAUAUCUUCAUGUGCUAUUUUAUCCAAGAAUAACAACACUGUGUGAUGCACAGGAACUCGAUGAUAGCGUGUAUAACAUAAUAUAUGCGUAUAGAAAAAAAAUCCCACCCCUCUAUAUACAUAGAGUGAUUCUUUUUCUAUACGCAUAUAUUAUGUUAUACACGCUAUCAUCGAGUUUCUGUGGUGUGAUGCUGUUGUGUAGGGCUGGGACGAUACACCAGCUGUGCGAUCUGAUACAUAUCACAAUACAUGCAUGUGCUCUUAAAUGUGGUGUGUAGGCCAUCUUUUACAUAGGCCAGAUGGUCAAAUACCUGGCACACUAACGAUUUACAGUUGGCAGUGUCAAGUAUGGCACAAUGGCUGAAAAUAUUUAAAUUUUCACCAGUAAAUAGCGUUUGGUGUAACAUUUAUUAAAGAAUACAUUCAAGGAAAGAAUCGAUGCUUUUUACUUAGUGUGCGGCUGUGAUCGAUACUUGUAUUGAGAAUUAAAAAACGUGAUCCACUGAUGCAUCAGAGUAUCGUCCCACUUCUACUGUUGUAGAACUAAGACAAUACACUAGCAUUGUGUGCAUAAUCACAUUUCUUUGUUCACAGAAUGGGAAACAAUAUGUACAGAGAUAAGACUGUGUGUAGCAUAUAUAGUUGAAUAUUUCACUGCAUCGGUGAAUCGUCCCACUUCUACUGUUGUAGAACUAAGACAAUACACUAGCAUAAUGUGCAUAAUCACAUUUCUUUGUUCACAGAAUGGGAAACAAUAUGUACAGAGAUAAGACUGUGUGUAGCAUAUAUAGUUGAAUAUUUCACUGCAUCGGUGAAUCCUGUCACCCUCUAUGUAUUUUUUUACAUAACAAACACUGUGAUCAAUGACUUUUUUAGCCCAUAUGAACAAAGUGGCAGUAUGUUUAUUAUGUAAUGUUUUGAUGCAUCUACAAGAGUCCAGUUCCCGACCUUGCCGAACUACGCUGGAUUUUCCAGGGUCUUUCGUGGCUAUUACGAGUUAGGCCCCUUCUAUGUCCCUCCUAUUGACCAAUCAGAUUCCAUCACUCAUAUCACUUGCAUUUACUUCAAACAAAAUGGCGGCUCCCAAUCAAAACGAUCUGAUCGAUAAUCAAAAUCUGUAUUGAAAUAAAACAGGUCUCACUUGAGCACCUUGAUUGAAAACGUGAAAAGAUUCUCAAAAUAUUUGUCUACGUCCAGUUGACAGUACACAUGCUUUGCAAAUCCUGCAGUUGACCGAAAUCUGCACGUUGAAAUCCAUGUAGUUUGUUUGGCGAUUUUGAUUGGACUAUGCACAGACUCGUUAGUCCAGCCAAAAUUUAACUCCGGAAUACCAGCCUAGUUCGGCAAGGGUGGGAACUGGACUUUUAUAGUCAGUUAAUGCCCUUGACUCGGGAAGAUGGUUUUGAUGUUGUGGAGUCAUUACCUGCAUAAUCCAAGUAUGGUGUCAGUUGGUUCUAGGGGGCCCAGUUGUGUUGCCCAGUGCAAUGUGUUGUGCAGAGUUCCAAUUCCAUCAGACAAGCUCAAUCCUACGAUUGUCGACCCAGAUUUGUUCUAUGGGUAUUGUCACGUUGGCCUUUCCUCUCACAUAAAGCUCACAUGUUGUGAUGUAACAGACUUAAGCUAUGUCAAAAAAAAUCCCAGUAAAUCGUUCAUUUAUUCUUUCAUAAUAUCACACUAAUCUCUGUUCUUAUAUUUGUUGAAGGUUAACAAGACAUUUUGGAUACUGACUUUUCCAGUAGUCUAUCACACCAUCAACUGUGUCUUGUAAUGUUUCAAUCUUAGGUUGUUAUUGUGAUUUGACACCUCUGAUUAACUUGUUUAAAUCAAAUACAUUCCAAAUUCCAAAUCGUGACUGAUGUCCCCAGCUGUAACCCAUCAAUGACCUCAAGAGCAUCCAGUCAGUAACAUCUGGGCAUGGUGGUAGUCAGAUUUGAUGUGCUUGAAUGUGAAAACUUGUUUGAGAAAAUACUUGAACACUUUAAAUUGGCAUAAUUGUUGUUCUAAUUAUAUUAAUUUCAUAUUAAUCCAAUUUACUACAAAUUAUAUUAGAUUAGGUAUAUUUACAUUAUUGGAAUGAGAUUUGCUCUCUGUGUAUUAGUCUUUGUCUCGGAGAUAGAUUACCGGUAUUGCCACGACCUCCUUGACUGUGGUACAUCUUAGAUGGUGACACAGUAUAAAUGUAUAUAACUGUUUUAUUGUAUGUACACAUGUAUAUAUCUGUCGGGCUUUGUUCAAGAUGCUAUGUAAAUAUAACAGUUGUUAAGGAGAUAGUGGUUUUAUACACUAAAGUCUUGUCAAUGUGGUGUUACAACCUGCACUGAAACAUCGCUAAUAGUAAUAAAGAAGUUGUUCAUU